AUGUUUUUACAACGCUCCGCCGUAGCUGUGGCACGCCGCGCCGUUGUGUCUCCCGUUGCCAGACGAAGUUUUGCAGUCUCGGCCAUCCGCCGAGAUGCGAAAAAUGUUGAGCCUCAUGCUAGCAUCAGUCAGAAGAUAAAGUCUUUCAACGAUAUCAAAGGCGAGGAAGACUUGAUCGGACCCGGUGCCGCCCCCGGUACCGUCCCUACCGAUCUCGACCAGUCCACAGGUCUCGAGCGAUUAGAAAUUCUCGGAAAGAUGGAGGGCGUGGAUAUCUUCGAUAUGCGACCUCUUGAUGCCUCGCGAAAAGGAACUCUCGACAACCCUAUCCUAGUCAAGUCUGCUGGUGACGAGCAGUACGCCGGCUGCACUGGCUCCCCUGCCGACUCCCACGUUGUCACCUGGCUUGGCAUGUCCCGCGAGCGACCCAUCGAGCGAUGCCCCGAGUGCGGCAGUGUCUACAAGAUGGAAUAUGUCGGACCUCAGGAUGACGGCCACGGACACGGCCAUGAUCACCACGGCUACGAGGAGCCCAAGACCUUCGCUGACUUCGUCAAGCCUAACUACUGGUGA